AUGACAGCGUCCUCGGGCCUUGAGGGCGCGUCAGCAGGUCGCUAUGAUGACUCCAUACGGCUCACUUCGUCUCAAGAGGCCAAGAAUGUCGCAAAUGACGUAGCAGGUGACGAGUUUGGGUCUUUCGCUGCUGCCGAGCUGCCCUCCGACCCCUUCGGCGAUGUUUACGGAGCUGAAACGGACUUUGGAGAUUUUGUGAGUCAAGAACAAAGCGGUAAUUCUACUCCAGAUGACGACAGGUCUUCGUUAAUGUUGUUUUCACCUCUAAUUACCUCCGAGUCCUCGACAGCACCGCCCGCUUUGUUACCUUCGAUAAGCGGCGAAGUCGACCCCUUUGCGGACAUAAUAGGAGGUUUGGGCGCUGUAACAGAUAGAAGAGAAGUAGCAGUACGCAAUACAAAAACUGAAGCAAAGAGUGAAAGGUGUGUGACGAAUGAUAUUAAGCCUUCAGCUCGUACUUCGACAUCGGCGAUCUUGGAUCUGGUGUGGGGCAAGACUACGCAGGAGAAAGAAAGCAGUCAGCUUGCAAUGUCGUCAAAUUCACUGAAAAAUGCAGCUGUCAAUGUAAAUAGAAGAGCUUCGUCACCGAGCGCAUUAGGGUUUUCGAUUAAUUCGGUCACGUUGCCAGAAUGUGGUGCCUCCAGCGCUGUAGAGAAAGACUUGUUGUCAUUUUCUCCCGUUCAUACGACAACUCCAAGUGAUCCUUUCGUUGGGCUGAGCAACAGCUGCAUCGAAAGCAAUCUCGUUACUUCAGAAGUUGACACGAAAAUAUUUUCUCUGACAACGACGCAGCCGACAUCAAUUUCAGCGCCGACGUCAUUACGUGGAUCGUUUGUUUUCCCGUAUGAAGAAGUAGUGACGUCAAAAAAUUGCAGCGGGGUCGAUGAGAAGUCGGCAUCACCGCGUGAUCCAUUUUCCAAGCGCACCACUCGAUCCUCUCGCUCGUUGAGCUCUUCUUCCUUCGUCAGUGUUCGAGCCAGGGAAAGCUCGAUUGAACAUCUGGGUGUGUAUUCGUCGUUCAGUGCAUCUGCACCUGCAACACAUACCGUUUCAGCAUAUGCUUCUCCUUCAUCUGCUCCCCCUUCACUAGACAGCUCAUUUGCAUCAACUAGAAAUUUUUUCGGGCUUACAACAUCUGCCUCUGACGACCUGGAAGAAAUAGACCCGUUUGCAGAAGCAGGCCUGGCUGCUUCGAAUGAAGUGCCUUUAGCUGAGGCUCUUGCUGCAUGGAAAACGACUAUGGAUACAGAUGCGAAAGAUGAGUCUCACAGACUAAUUAGUCAAGAUGAUUUAACAAAUGGUAUUGACGCUUUCGAACAACAGUCUGGUAGCUUUACCACUGAACACGAAACAAAGCUAGCAACUGCAGAGGAAGAUGACUGGCUAAAUGCCGGUUUUCCUACUACUCUCUUAUCAGAUGUCUGUGACGAAGCAUUAAGUAGUUGUGGGUCUGCACGAAAUCAGGGAGAUGUGUUUGGUAUGGAAAAAGCAGCUGAAGAGUCUGAAAAACAAGAUUUGAUUGCGCUAGCUGAGUCUACCAAAAUCGCUGUUGCCGUGAUACCCAGUGCUGAUGCUAGUGACGAUAAUGUCGAUGUUGCAAGUUUACAAGGUGAAGACACCGAGAGUAUCAAGUUGGCCAAUGAUCAAGUCGUCGGCACAAUCGAUAAGCAAUUUGAUCAAAAUUCACCUACAGAGAUCUUUGAGACGAGUCACCACGAUUCCUUUGCAACAUCAGCUACUGUCAUUAGUGCAGAUUCUGCUAGACCAAGCGAUUUGUUGUCACACCACGACUCGCUAUGUGCGUCCCCGUCCGUUUCAGAUCCAUACCAAGCAGAAACGAACAUCACAUCUCGAAACUGUAAUGGGUACAUUAAUGUCGAAUCACAUCUGGCCGAUACAAAGAUUGUAAGUGAUAACGCUGACAUUGACGUUUCUGGCAACGUCGAUGGUUUAGUAGUGGCGGUAGAACACGUUGAAAGCGCCUCAUUAGUAUCAGAAAGCUCACCGUGGAGCUCGUCUUCAUCCCCAGCUGUUGUAGAAAAGAUGAUUAUUGAAAAGGAUGCUAGCGAUUCGUUUGGAGAUUUUUCUGGCUCCGUCUCCACUGCUUUUGCCUUCGCACAAAACAUGGAUAACGAAGAUUUUGGUGAUUUUGGUGACUUUACGCAGACGUCUGAUGAUAAGGAAGAGGCUUUUACAGAUUUUCAUCAGUCUGACUCGCAAAUUUCUGGUGAGGACGAUGAUGGCUUCAGUGAAUUUGCUCCAGCUGUGGCUCCAACAUUCACAAUGCAAAGCGAGCCCGUCUUGUCAGAUACUCCUUUGAGCAAGACAGAAUUGCAGUCUUUCUUUAAGGAGGCACUCCCAGUUGAGGAUCUGCUUCCAAGCUCUAUAGCACAAUCGAAGGGAAAAGAAGAAAUAAACGAAAUGGAGGAAGUCCAAGAUCUAUCAACUGAAUUUUAUCAAAAUGCUUUUCGCAGCAUGUGGGAUGAUUACCUCUCUACCGUAGCUAUAACGGGUCGACCUUCUGCUUCCUCGUCCGGAUCACUUUCGUCUGCUACUGAUUUAAGCACUAACGUGGAACGUGUGCGUCUAGACAGAAAGACUACGCGGGCGUCCAAGUAUUUAAAAUACGUACUGUCCGAGAAGAUUCAGGAAGCUUCGCGACAGAACGGCAUCUUUCCGCAUGGAUCGGAAAGGCAUGCAAUGUAUGUGGGCUAUGCUGCCUCGGGAGACGCGGACCGUAUGCGUGCUGCUCUCAAGGAAUUGCACGAAGCGCUGUUUCAAAGUUCUGUAAACGAUGCCAUGAUGCGGAUGGCUAAACAGGCAGCGCUUUCAGCAAAGGCCAAAAUUGCCGAGCAAGCAGCCCAACAUGCAAGUUCGCGAGGUGGUUCAUUAUUUUCUACCACGCGCCAGUUGCUCUCACGUGGAGGUAGUGCAUCAGGAGUGCAUGGUUCUGCGAGUAGUGGCAACGAUAAUAACGGCGAUCAUGCUGGUAUUGACACUCCCACCAGUGCGUCGGUUCAAAAACUCGCUCGCUUUUCAUUGACAACCAAUUAUGGUGACAUUGCCAGUAGUCAUCAAGGUGCUAUUACUGGAGAAGAAAGAGGGUCGGAAGGUAGUGACCACACCGGACAUAGUAGCGAAAGCGAUUCGGAAGUAGCAACAAGUGCUGGAGAUAAUCGAACUCGAGGUCAAAUGGUAUCAAGUGGCAACAUUGGAUUAAUGAGGAAGUUUCAAGACCGAUUCUCAUUUACUAGCUCUAAAAAUCGACCCCGAUGUGUAAAUCUUCGACGACAUGGUCAGUCGAGUGAUGAAGUUCGAAAGAUGGAGUUGCAUUUAGAUUCUAUUAGUGGAGGCUUGGACGAAGUAAAGUGGAAGUGUGCCAUGUUUCUAUACGACGUGGAAGAAGUGGCACACGUGGCACCUUCACAAAUUAGCAUAUUGUCGUAUCCUAGCAAGCAACCACUAACGGGCAAGACCGAUCGAAGUGCGCUAACUAAGUUAGUAAAACCUCACACGAUUUGGACAGUUGAUAUUGGCGCCAAUAAUACCGACAUGUUGAACGAAUGGUAG